AUGGGAAAACGCGCAACGAAUCAAGAGGACUAUGAGUCGGACGGAGGCUUCAUCGAGGACGCACCAAAGAGCAAAAAGCAAAAGGUUGGGAAGCGCGAGCGUAGUCAGACAGGAGGUCUCGACAGCGCUCACGGAGGGACUAAAGAUAAAGAUGGCACCUGGUGGGAGCUAUCGCGGACACGCCGUAUCCGCAUCAACGAAUUCAAGGGAAAGACGAUGGUAGAUAUUCGUGAAUACUAUGAGAAAGACGGGGAGACUUUGCCAGGAAAGAAGGGUAUAUCCUUGAACAUGGAGCAAUUCAACACCGUCAUAGGCUUGCUGCCCCAGAUCGAGAGGGCAUUGAAGGGGAAAGGGGAAGAGAUUAUUAGACCCGACUUCAACAAGGCUCCGGACAAAGAUGCUGACGAGAAAGAGAGUUCGGAGGAAGAGGAAGAGGCUGAUGAUAGCGAUGACGAUGAGUAG